AUACUCCCCGUCGUCAAAUCUCGCCGUUCCACCUCGCCGCCGGCGAAAUCAGACCGCCCGGCAGGGCCACCCCACGACCGGCCGGAGGCCCGCGUACUCUAGGAUAGUCGGAUAUGGGUAAGAAGCAGCAUAGCAAGGACCGGAUGUUCAUAACGGCGACGGAGUGGGCGACAGAGUGGGGCGGCGCCAAGAACAGGGAGGCCAUCGCGCCAUUCCAGCGCCUCCCUUUCUACUGCUGCGCGCUUACGUUUUUGCCGUUCGAGGAUCCGGUGUGUACAGCAGAUGGAAGCAUCUUCGAUUUAAUGAGCAUAAUCCCAUAUAUUAAAAAAUUCGGGAAGCAUCCUGUAACUGGAGCAGCGUUGAAGCAGGAGGAUCUAAUUCCUCUCACUUUCCACAAGAACACGGACGGGGAGUUCCAGUGUCCUGUUUUGAAUAAAGUUUUUACAGAGUUCACGCAUAUAGUUGCUGUAAAGACUACCGGCAACGUCUUCUGUUAUGAGGCAAUCCAGGAACUUAACAUUAAGCCAAAGAAUUGGAAGGAAUUGCUAACUGAUGAGCCCUUCACCCGAAAGGACUUGUUAACAAUUCAGAACCCAAAUGCACUUGAUGGCAAGGUCCUAGGACAAUUUGACCAUGUCAAACAAGGCCUCAAACUUGACGAUGAAGAGUUGCAGAAAAUGAAAGAUGAUCCAACCUACAACAUAAAUGUUUCCGGUGAUCUUAAGCAGAUGAUGAAGGAACUUGGGACUGAAAAGGGAAAGUUAGCUUUUCUGCAUGGCGGUGGAGGAGAGAAAGCUCAAAAGGAAAGAGCUGCCGCACUAGCUGUUCUUUUAGCCAAAAAAGAGGAGGGUGGCUCAAAAUCAGGCAAAGAACCUAAACCUCCUCAAGCAUUCAGUGUUGUGGAUGCUGCUUCGGCUUCUGUUCAUGGCAGGAGCGCAGCAGCUGCAAAAUCUACAACUGCUGAAAAAACUGCUGCUAGAAUUGCUAUGCACAGGGCAGGGGAUCGAGCUCCUGUAAAUGCUAAAUUGGUAAAAAGUCGUUACACUACUGGAGCAGCUUCACGUUCUUUCACGUCGACUUCCUAUGAUCCUGUUACGAAAAAUGAAUUUGAGUAUGUUAAAGUUGAAAAAAAUCCAAAAAAGAAGGGCUAUGUUCAGUUGCAUACCACCCAUGGUGAUUUGAAUUUGGAGCUUCAUUGUGAUAUUACUCCUCGGACAUGUGAAAACUUCCUUACACAUUGCGAAAAUGGCUACUACAAUGGUCUUAUUUUCCAUCGUAGCAUCAAAAACUUUAUGAUUCAAGGAGGUGAUCCAACUGGCACAGGAAGUGGAGGGGAGUCCAUAUGGGGUCAACCUUUCAAGGAUGAAUUGAACUCAAAGCUGCUACAUUCAGGAAGGGGUGUUGUCAGCAUGGCAAAUUCUGGCCCUCAUACCAAUGGGUCCCAGUUUUUCAUCUUGUACAAGUCUGCAGCACAUUUAAAUUUCAAGCAUACAGUAUUUGGCAUGGUGGUUGGUGGUAUUACCACGCUUUCAACAAUGGAAAAGGUUCCUGUUGAUGAUGAUGAUCGCCCAUUGGAGGAAAUCAAGUUACUGAAAGUUAGUGUAUUUGUGAAUCCUUAUACGGAACCUGAUGAAGAAGAAGAGAAGGCAAAGGAGGAGGAGAAGAACAAGGAUGCCGAUCAUGAUAAGGUGGGUUCAUGGUAUAGCAACCCAGGAACUGGUGUUGCCCCUUCAACAAGUGCUGGUGGCGGAGUUGGCAAGUAUCUAAAGGCUCGGACAGCUGGCUCUGCUGAUGCAACUGGAAAUGGCACUGUAGCAGAUGAUUCAAGCAAGAAGAGAAAAGCGAGUGCUCCUAGUGUAGAAUUCAAGGAUUUCUCUGGAUGGUAGAUAUUUGUAUACAUUAAUUUCGCUUUGCUUCUCCCAAAAGAAACAUCCAGUUGAGACUUCAGCAACAUUUGGGCAUGUGAGCUCGUGUUAUGAUAGUGUAUUGACUGGGCAGAAUGCCCAUUCCUCA